AGAUGAAGUUUUUUUGGAAGAUCUUCAGAUUUUUGAAAAUUUGAAAGUAUACCUAUAUUUUAAUUUUGUAACAGUUAAUCUUAUGGUAAUAUAUUGAAAAAACAUGCUUUCUGUUUGUUUAAAAUGCAAUAAUGGAUACAGAUUGAAAUGACUCACUUGAAAAACUAAGUCCCAUUUAAUAUAGGAUCGUCAAAUUCCAGGCUUUUGUGAGAAAAAACAACCAGAUAAGAAUUAAGUCUAUUUUAUAUUCGAAACUAUUGUAUGAAUAAUAUGAAAAAUAUCAUGAUUGAGAAGAAAAUGAAUCAAUACAAUUAUUGAUAUUUUACAUGAUGCGUAAAUGUGCUUUAUAUACGUACGUAUAAAACGACUUAAAAAACAAACAGGUGUAUUGCCAUUUGUGGUCUGUGCAAUUUUGAUUUAUUCUGGCUAUUGUUUAGAGAGAAGUUUCAGAGUAGGCGUCGAUAUGGAUGCUGAAAGCCCUCUCAAAACCCUUUUAGGUAAUGGUGCGCGAAAAAAUUCACUCAUUUCCAGCUUUCUUAGUGAGACAAAAAUUGAUGAUCAGUUUUCUGUUGGUUUGACCAACCAAAACAACGAGCAAAAUAGUAAAAAUUUGUUCAUUAAUAAUGGUCAAAAGCUGCAAAACAUGCCAGAUAAGUCGUUUACGGACCCAAAUUUGUCACAAAUGAAUUCACCACCGAAAAAAGUUUCUGAAGAAAAUUUGAAAAAGCCAGUCAAGAAAAUUAGUGUACAGAUCGUAAGGCCUAAAUUAAACACUAUAGAAUCCACUAAUCAACAACCUCUUGCAAAGAACUCUGAAAAAAGCGAAAAAGACUCCGAGGAAAGUGAACAAAAAACUACACCUGAUCCAUAUUUACCAUCACCUGAGGAAUCUACAAGCACACAUAAUGAUUCAGUGCAACUCAAAGAGAGAAAAAUAGUAUUUGAUGAUACAUUUGAACAAAACGAUUUCCUUAGAGAGCUAAAGAGAUCAAUAAACAAAAAAGAAAAUGCUAUUUCAAAAGCUAAAACUUUACUCACAGAGCUGAAAAAGACUGGUGGAUUCUUGAGAGAAGAUCUCAAAAUGUUCGAAGAAAAUUUUAAUCAAUUUCUGAAGAACAGUGCAAAUUAUCAAAAUAUCUUACUCAAGGCAGACAUUAGUCCAGAUUCGUAUAAGAUUGAUUUGGAAGAUCUAAAAAAAGAAGUUGAAUCACGGUUAGAAAUUACUUCAUUAUUAGAAAAGUUCUUAACCGUGUCUAAAAAUGGGCAGCCAGGCAUUAUUGAAAAAAUGAAAUCUGCAUUUAGUUCCAAUUCAAAGAAAAAAAUGGAACCGAAUCAACAAUUCAAGCAGCAAAGUGCUCAAUCAAACCUAAAGAAAGCCACAUUUAGACCUGAAGAAAGUAGUAUGGCUGACAAUCAAGCAAGCAACAUUAUGUCCGAAAACAUCCAAAAUAUAACUGAAAAUGAUUCCAAAAUGAAUGAUAUGAAUCAAAACACCUCUUUCUCCAAGCAGUUCGAACAAAAUGAAACAAAUACAAGCAAGAUCAACCUAAAAAAUAAUUCUAUGGAAGAAAACAAUUCAUAUGAAUCAAACUUGAAGACAGAUCAUGAUCAAGACGACGAAUCACAAGAUCAAAUCGUCCAAAAAAAUAGUUUAAUGCCGAAACAAAAUGAUCUCACAAGUCUAAUCCACGCAAAUACUCUCGAAACGAGAAACAAUCUCGAAAAUUAUUCAUCUGCAUCCAAUUUCCUUGAAAAAAACAACUUUUUACUUCCAUUUGAAAAUCGGCUUUUUUUGACAGAAAAAAAGGAAGAAUCAUCCAAAGACACACAAUCAUCUGAUUUUGAUCACGAAGAAAUUGAAAAUCUUGGUUUUAUUCAAGCUUUUAUGGUAGUCCAAGGACUUAUUUGUUUAGUCAUAUUCAUCUUAAUGGUUUGCAAUCUUUUGAACAUAAUCCCACCAUGCAAAUUGAUUCUAUUGGUUGUUUUAAUAGGAAAUGUAUUCAUAGGAAUCGUCAGUAUGAUAUAUGCACAAGCUCUUGCCAAGCGAUGUAUUAUCAUGGACGUUCCAAAUUGUCAAAACAGAAACCUAUUUGAUGUCGAGGAAGUAGUCGACAUCCUUAAUGAAAGAGAAGAGCCAAAAACAGAAAAUGUUGUCCAUUUUAUUCAGUCUAAAUUCAAAGAAAACAGUGAUGAAUUGAGCAUUUUCGUUGAAAAAUUUGAAACUUUCAUGAAAAGUAACGAAUCCAAAGCAUUGCACAAAGUUGACGUUUUCAGAAAUAUGAUAAACAAGCUCAUGUUUAUUGAAUCUGAUUUUGAACCUACAAGCAAAUUUUUUAGCCCAGUAUAUACAAUGAAAAGAUCCUUAGAAGAUAUUAAACAUCAAAUCGUAUCACUUUCGAACGAGCAAGUUUUUCCCAUCUAUAGGGAAUUGCUUGAAGCUCAAAUCUUUUUUGAUGAUCAAAAAGACACAAUCAGUCAAAGAAUUGAAAAUUUUUUAAAAUUAAAUAUGAAAAGGAAGGAAGAUAAAGCAAAUGAUGAUUGUAAAAAAGAAAUGAAGAAAAUAUGCAAAGCCAGAAAAGAUUAUGAACAAUUAGCAUUUGCGCUUGUUGUUUUUGGCUUAAUCUUUGUAAUAUUAGUAUGUUUUUGAUAAAAUAAUUUAUUUAAAUGUGUAAAUCAGAAAAUAAAUUAAUCAAAUAUCAGAUAGGGAUAAUUGGCUUUUGAUUUUUUUUAUUUUUUCAUCACUUUUACACAUGUAAAAAUCUUGACCUAAAUAAAAAUCGCUCAAGAAAUUGAGCGUCAGCUCUUUCAUGUCAUUUCGGAGGGGGUACAUUUUUUGCUUUUUUUAUACCAGGACUAAAAGGCUUAAGAGAAACUGCUUUUCAUAUACAAUCACCACUAAAUUAUGGUUAACCAAGCUCUUAAAACCUAUCCGUCAAGUAAAACGAUUUGAAACCAUCUAUACGAUUAUCACGUUGAUUUUCAAGCAAUUUUUGUGGAAUUUCAUCAAAUGCCAGAUUGUUUGUUAUGAAUUGUACUUUUGCCAUUUCUAAGUAAAAAGAUGUUUCACUUUGAUCAAUUUCAAUCCAAUCUGAAAUAUUUUGGCCAUCAAAAGGAAAUUCACGUGGAAAUAGCAGAUUUUCAAACUUUUUAGCAAUAUUUAAAAGAUGAAAUAUCAGAUAUUUGUUGUUUUUAGAAGCUUCUUCUACUGAAAUGUCUAUAACAGAAUGUUUUAAACCAUUCUUCUCAUCACAAAAAUUUUCUUUGUCAUAAAGAUUUUUGAAAUCGUCGUGACAUUUAUUUAUUAGAGUAUCAAACGGCUCACUAUUGUUAUUUUUGAAAGAAUUAGAUAUUUCUGAUAUUUUAUACUCAGCAGCCAUCAAGAAAAUAGCCAAAGAAGUUUCAAAAUCUUCCUUCAUAUGUCUUAAGAGGAAGACCGCAUCUUCAAUUGACAUUUUCUCAGUCACCUUUUUUAAAAGAACAAGAUUUUUCUCUAUUCGUUUUACUUUGAUGAAUACUUGCUUAUUACAGCAUAGCGAGUUUUUGACCAUUAAAAAGUUAGAAAAUGAAUUCUUCACGUGGUUUGCCGCAUUGAAGACAAGUAAAACAUAAAAUCGCACAAGAAAAUCGUCAAACUUCAUAUGUUUUUUUAGAUUCGAAUAAUUAUUGUAAACUCUACAAAUGCUCGAUAUUUCUAUUUUUGUCUCAAUUUUGAAAAUAGCUUCGAUUAAAUUGUGAGUUUUGAAUAUUUUAAAUGCGGUAAAAAAUCUUUCACACUCUAGAAUCUUGAAAAUCUCUAUUCUAAUCCUUUCACUACUGAUCUUUUGUUUGAGACUAGUUUUUAUUUCAUCCGAGUUGAAUGCUUCAAGUACUUCACUGUCAAUCUGAAAAUUUAAUCGUAUUGCAAACCUAACAAUUCUCAGCACUCUCAAAGGAUCAUCAACUAAAGUUUGAUGUGGCGCCAAUGGUGUGCGAAUUAUUUCAUUUUUCAAAUCUUCAAGGCCUUUACCUGUGAAAUCUUCUAUUUUCUCAGUCAAUAAAUUAUAAAAUAAAGAAUUGAUUGUUAGAUCUCUACGAAAAGCAUCCUCCUUUGCAGAACAGGCAACCACCUUCGGGAUACGAGUAUUUCCGUAUUCCUCUUUUCUUAAUGAGAGAAAGUCUAUACUUAUACCAUUGAUUUUCAUGACAGCAGUUUCCAAAUGCUUCGAUUUGUCAGGGUUAGCUUUUAUUUUUCCAACAGGGCCAGUCCAACUGUAAUAACUUUUAAGUCCACUUGCGAAAUCAAUUCCAGAAAUUGUGUCAAGUGUAAUGUCUAUAUCAUUAGAAUCUUUUCCCAACAAUUUAUCUCGUACCCAGCCACCUGCUAUUCGAGGAGUGACUUUCGGAAGUGUUACUGCAUAUGCCUGUAUCUUGCUCAACGCCAUUUUUUCAUUCAAAGUGAGUAAAAUGUUUGUUCUAAGCUUCAUUUUCAAAAAAGAAUAUUUUAAAGGGGCAUACAAAAAUCAGAAUCUUAAAAUUGCUCAAAGGAGUAGAAAUUAGGAGCAAAUCCACAAAUAGAAAAUGUUUUGCACAAAUCAUUUAAUUGUAUCCAAAAUAUAUAAAUCUACAAAAAUGUAUGACAAUUUUUCAAUAAGGUUCUGGAUCACCAUCUUUAAGAAAUUGGAACUGUCAAAAAACGGUUUCUUUAUUUGAUAAUUUUGAAUGUUGACAGACCAGGUAAUUUUGGAAAACUAAUAUUAGAAGUAUAGCGACUUCAUCCAAAAGAGUCGCUGAGAGGCUGAAGCCGGGCCUUUACUUUGUCUGACGCGCCGCACAUAAAAAAUCUCUGAGAUACAAAAAAUGAGUUCAACCUUUUAUUAAAGAAAAUUAAUGAUAAACUUAUGAUACCGUGCACAAACUCAUAAUCAAAGUAAUCACAGAGAUUAAAUGAAUUAGCGGUCAACAAAAAAUACGGCAACCCUGCUCACCCUCUCUCUGUCUCUUCCCUGCACACACAGGUGAACAGGUGCCUAUAUUAACGAAAUAUCACCGCCCAUUACCAAUUGACCUACUUCCCGUGUCCACGUGAUCACAACGAAUCUAAAUAAUAUAAACAAUAACAAACACCACUAUUCAAAUUUAAACCAUCAUGCACCUACAAAAAAAUCAAUCCAAAUUCAUUCAUGGCUCCUACAUUCCAGCCCCUAAUUAUUAGGUUCACACAUAAUAAUUACCCAUAUUCAUAUCAAUAGGAGACAUGUAACAAUUAAAAGCUUCAUAUUCAAAGUCCAUAAUACAUAUAUUGUCUUCUGUCUUCUUUCAUCUUGAAUCCAAAGUCUGUGAAGUCAAUAAUCAGGCUCAAUCAAAAGAUUUUAGCCAUCAUUCUGUGGCAAGUCUUCAGCUUCCUGUAGUAGGCAGAUCUUCGUAAUUGGACGAUCCAAGCAACUGCCCUUUGUUUUGAUGCGCACCUGCCGCACUAAUCCUCUUCUAUCUGGAAAGGUUUGAAGAACUUUUCCCAUAACCCAGGAAUUUCGAGGUGCUGUGUUGUCCACGAUAAGCACUAUAUCUCCAGGGACAAUGUUGCGCUUCACUCUGGACCAUCUCUGACGCUCCUGCAGUUGUGGUAAGUAUUCUUUAAUCCACCUUUUCCAGAAUAAAUCUGACAUGUAUUGCACCUGCCUCCAUCGCCUGCGAGCGUAAAGGUCAGCUGCCUGGCAGUUUCCUGGUGGUAAAGAUGGUAAGGUCUUCAGCAGCAACAGGUGAUUUGGCGUCAAGGCCUCCAGAUCAUUCGGAUCUGUAGAUGCCUUGGUAAUCGGCCUGCUAUUAACGAUGGACUCCACCUCACAAAGAACCGUGUGAAGGCCCUCUUCAUCCAGAUUUUGCACGUUCAGAGUAGAAUUUAGGACUUUCCUCACAGACCGGAUUAACCUCUCCCAAGAUCCUCCAUGAUGUGAGCCAGCGGGGGGGUUAAAGGUCCAUUUUAUUCCUUUCUGAAGAAGUGCAUUGUUAAUCUGUGACUGAUUCCAUUGUUCAAUAGCUGUUCUCAACUCACGCUUUGCUCCAAUGAAGUUUGUCCCAUUGUCCGAGCGCAGUUCCUGGACUUGACCUCGUCUUGCUAUAAAGCGUCUGAGUGCAUUUAUGAAGGAGUCUGUGUCCAAUGAAGAUGCUACUUCGAUGUGAAUUGCCCGUAUGGCCAAACAGGUAAAAAUAACACCAUACCUCUUUACAACACUCCUUCUGCUCUUCACUUCAAACGGUCCAAAAUAGUCAACUCCAACACGAGUAAAAGGCGGCUCAUCUGGAGUCACUCUUUCAGCAGGUAGAUCUGCCAUCUGCUGGGACACUGGCUGAGCAUUCAGUCUCCGACAGAUGACACACUUAGACAGAGCUCUCCUUAUGGCUGAACUAGCCCCAGUGAUCCAAUACUUCUCCCGCAGUUUGGCGAGCAUGUGGUUACGGCCACCAUGUCCCACUUCCUGGUGAAUAUGCCUUAGAAUAAUGUCUGAGAUAUGGAAAUCUUUAGCCAAUAUAAUGGGAUGUUUAGCCUCUGCAGGCAUAGAAGACCUGCUCAGUCGACCGCCAACUCUCAGAACACCAUCUUCGACCAGUGGGCAGAGUUUAUAAAUUUGGCUAUGGCCCUUAACACUUUUGCCUUGUUGUAGCCUGGAGAAUUCCUCUGGAAACUUCUUCCUUUGGCAAAACCCAAUGAUUUCCAUCCCGGCCUUCUCCAGCUCCUCCACUGACAGACAACUUGAACGAUUCUCCCUUUGGAAAACAUCCAUAUUCUUCUUCAAAGAACAUUCCUUGUGUAUCACAUCCAAAUCAGACUGGGCAAGCUCGGUGGUCAACUGUUUCCUUUUCUGACAGCAAGCCAAAAGCCAGUUCUUGAAUCUCAACAUCCAAGCUACAGACCUUUUCAGACCAGUCCAAGAUGAGAAAUAACUGAUCAUGCGAAUCAAAGCAUCAUCCUUCUCGCUGGCCUGUACAGCAUUCACUGCAGCGGCUUUCUUGACCUCAGGGUCAUCUGAUGGAAGCUGUUGCACAUCCUCAGGAUUAACAGGCCACGUACUCUCAGGUUGAUGAAGAAAAGGUGGACCUGACACCUAUGUUAGAUUUUUGAGGAAUGCAUCCACUUUCAAGCCUCUCGAGGCCACAUCUGCUGGAUUACUUGCAGUGUCUACGUACCUCCAUUGAGAAGACAGUGAAACUUUGAGAAUCUCCGAGACCCUGUUGGCAACAAAAACUUUGAACCUGGAAGUCUCAUUCUUGAUAUAUUUGAGUACAGAUGCACUGUCUGUCCAAAACACGGAAUCCUGUAGAUCCAAAUGUAGCUCUUUCCUCCACAGGACAUCAAUACGGCUCGCCAUAGUGGCAGCGAUUAGCUCCAUACGAGGGAUGGUAACAGACUUAAGUGGAGCCACCCUUGCCUUUCCCAUGACAAAAGCACUGUGUACCUGAGAGUCUUUGUUACGUGACAGCAGGUAAGUCACUACCCCGUAGCCAUCUUCACUUGCAUCACAGAAAUGGUGCAGCUGUGCUGUGGUCGUCUCUCCAAAGUUUAGUGGUUUCAGGCAUCUCAUGACGUUAAAACCCUCUAGACAGCACAGUUCCUGUAGCCACGUCGUCCAUUCUUUGACAACUGGUACAGGUAUGAUGUCAUCCCAGCCAAGUGAUCUCCUGCACAGAUCUCUCAAGAUUUUCUUAGCCAAUAAUACUACAGGGCUCAGGAUUCCAAGAGGGUCAUAGAUGGAGCUGACAGUUGAGAGAAUUCCCCUCCUGCACUCUCUCCACUGGUAGCUGAUCCUGAUCCAGGUCCAAGUCUGUCAU